CUCAGUGAUGAGCUGCUUCCUAGUAGUGUUGCUGUCAGUGCAGUACAUGCAGUGCUUACAUCUGUUGUGCCUGUGCCAACAGCACUGGCUCAGGUAGACCGCGAGAAGAUCUACCAGUGGAUCAAUGAGCUGUCCAGCCCUGAGACGCGGGAGAAUGCACUGCUGGAGCUGAGCAAGAAGCGGGAAUCCGUGCCUGACCUUGCCCCAAUGCUGUGGCACUCGUUUGGCACAAUUGCAGCUCUCCUUCAGGAAAUUGUAAAUAUUUAUCCAUCAAUCAACCCUCCGACUCUAACAGCUCAUCAGUCCAACAGAGUCUGCAAUGCUUUAGCUCUACUACAGUGUGUAGCAUCACAUCCUGAAACGAGGUCAGCUUUUCUGGCAGCUCACAUCCCUCUCUUCCUGUACCCCUUCUUGCACACAGUUAGCAAGACACGGCCAUUUGAGUACCUGCGGCUCACGAGUCUGGGAGUCAUUGGGGCAUUGGUGAAAACCGAUGAGCAAGAAGUGAUAAAUUUCUUAUUGACAACAGAAAUUAUCCCCCUGUGCUUACGUAUCAUGGAGUCUGGCAGUGAACUCUCCAAAACGGUUGCUACAUUUAUUCUUCAGAAAAUACUCCUGGAUGACACAGGGCUGGCAUAUAUCUGUCAGACUUAUGAGCGGUUUUCCCAUGUUGCCAUGAUACUGGGUAAAAUGGUCCUGCAGCUUUCCAAGGAGCCUUCGGCACGGCUGCUGAAACACGUUGUCCGCUGUUACCUUCGCCUUUCUGAUAACCCCAGGGCACGUGAAGCUCUCAGGCAGUGCCUUCCUGACCAACUGAAGGACACCACCUUCGCCCAGGUUCUGAAGGAUGAUACCACCACGAAGCGCUGGCUGGCUCAGCUCGUCAAGAACCUGCAGGAGGGUCAGGUCACUGACCCACGGGGCAUCCCUCUUCCACCGCAGUGACUGCUGGGGGAGGUGGGGGAUCAGGGAAGAAACAGCUCAGGUUUACAAAGAACCAGGAACAGAUGACCUCUUCCACAACAAACUGGGCAUGCCAGCUGGCUUUUGGCCUCCCAGCUCAUAGGACCAUUCCACCAUGCCAAAGGGCUGCUCUGUAGCAAUGCAGCAUGCCUCUGGGGAUCGCAGCACCAGCAAAUACUGAUACUGCAGCUU